UUCUCUUCUUCUCAUCUUCCUCAAAUGCACUUUUAUCGAAUCCUUCCCUUUUAAAAACCAAAAUCGAACAGUGUUUUUUUCAGUUUUCGACCAAACCCAGAUCGAAAAAUUGUGUUUUUAAUCUCAGAUUCGUGAAAGAAUGGGAACUGGUACAGUUUUGAGUGGACGAGUGAGGAAAGAUCUCUCGGAGAUUUCGAACAAAACCAAUUCAAAUGGGAAUAUUCCGGUGACGAAAUCAAUCGCUUCCUCUCCGGAGAACCGUUCAAAAUCACGUAAGAAGAUCCAACGGCGGAGCAAGAAAGCUGUGAUCUCUCCGGUGCAGAAGCUGUUCGAAACUUGCAAUAAAGUGUUCGCUGAUGGCAAAUCUGGAAUCGUCCCAUCACAAGAAAACAUUGAGAUGCUUCGAGCCGUUCUAGACAAAAUCAAGCCUGAAGAUGUUGAUGUGAGCCCUAAUAUGCCGUAUUUCCGAUCUAAAUCCGUUGGAGACCGGUCUCCGAUAGUGACGUAUCUUCACAUCUAUAAAUGUCAUAAAUUCUCGAUGGGCAUUUUCUGUUUGCCACCAUCUGGUGUAAUCCCUCUUCACAAUCACCCGGAGAUGACUGUGUUUAGUAAGCUCUUGUUUGGUACAAUGCACAUCAAAUCUUAUGAUUGGGUCGCAGAUUCUCCCCAGCCUAGUUCAGAUACUCGUCUGGCGAAAGUGAAAGUAGAUUCAGAGUUUACUGCACCUUGUGACACUUCUAUACUCUAUCCAGCGGAUGGAGGGAAUAUGCAUUGCUUCACCGCGAAAACCGCUUGUGCCGUUCUUGAUGUUCUUGGCCCUCCAUACUCUGAUCCUGCAGGGCGUCACUGUACUUACUAUUUCGAUUACCCGUUCUCAAGAUUCUCAGUUGAUGGAGUGGCGGUUGCGGAAGAGGAGAAGGAAAGAUAUGAGUGGUUGAAGGAGAGGGAAGAGGAGCCAGAGGAUUUGACGGUUAUGGCGAUGAUGUAUAGUGGACCAACCAUCAAAGAAUGAAUGAAUGAACAAAGAAAAUAUGUAGCAAAGCAAAAACAAAAACAAAAACAAAAGGCGUUUUUUUUU